UGAAAUGCCACAACUAUCCCUUCCACAGACCACACAGUCGAAUGCCAGCCAUGUGCUGUUGCGUAAUGUGCCCACCUCUAUAUCCGGUAAAUUCGCCUGUGAAGUGUCCGCCGAUGCGCCCACAUUCGAUACGUCCAUUGUGGCUGCCGAUAUGGAAGUUGUGGAGCUACCCGCCCAGCGGCCCAUUAUAACGGGUAUACAUUCGCGAUAUCGCCUCGGCGAUAUCAUCAAUGGCAAUUGCUCAUCGGAUUACUCGAAGCCAGCGGCCAAUCUGACCUGGUGGAUCAACGAUAUACAGGUAUAA